ACGUAGAAAUGAAAUCUGAAAGAAGGAAAUCAGCUGAAAAGAGCUACUCUGAAAUUUUCAAUAAUAUAUCAAAAUAGAAUGAUUUUGAUAUUAAAAAAUUGCAAAAAGUAAAAAUAAAAUUCUUAUUUCAUGUUUAAUCAUUAUUUUUCCCGAAUUGACUCUACAUAUACUCUGCCAUCUAGAGUAGUUGGUCAAGAAGGCACUUUCUUCGGCGAUCUAGGUGGCAUCAUCCUUUUUCAUCGUUCUUGCCAAACGUUAAAGUUGUUCGUGGUGAUUAUAUUUGAACACAUAUCUACAAAAUGGCACAAAAGAAGCAGAAAAAGGCAAUGGAGAGCAUCAACUCUCGCCUUGCCCUUGUCAUGAAGUCUGGCAAGUACUACCUCGGCUUGAAACAGACCCUCAAGACCCUUCGCCAGGGAAAAGCCAAACUUGUCAUCAUUGCCAACAACACUCCCCCUCUCAGGAAAUCGGAGAUCGAGUACUACGCUAUGUUGGCCAAGACGGGAGUCCACCACUACUCUGGAAACAACAUUGAGUUGGGAACCGCGUGUGGAAAGUACUUCAGGGUAUGCACACUGUCCAUUACAGACCCCGGUGACUCAGACAUUAUCAGGUCCAUGCCUUCCGAACAGGCCGCGUAGAGUUUAUGUCAAUAAAAUGUUUUAUAACUAACA